CAUAAGAGACAUUCAAACACAAUACUAAACAUGGAUCCGAGAGCAUAUUUUGAUGUUAUCAAUGAUGUCGUUGGCAAUUUUAUGGAUCCAUUUGUACCCACUGUCACAGUGACCGCGUACUUUGGUGACCAUAGGUUGACCAAUUGUAGUGAACUUAGAUUGGCCACAGCUCAAAUUGCACCAAGGGUUGUCAUAGGUGGUAACCAGGAUGAGCUAUACACACUGAUCAUGGUCGACCCGGAUGCGCCAAAUCCUAACGAACCAUCGUCGCGGGAGGUGGUUUUGUGGAUAGUGACAAAUAUACCUGGUGGAACUUCGACUGCUGAAGGAAGGGAAUUUAUGGCAUACGAUGUGCCCAACCCUCAAGUCGGGUUCCAUCGUUUUAUAAUGCUUCUGUACAGGCAAGCAUCACCGCUCAAUGAGAUUGAAGCACUUCCAUCGCGUGAUUGCUUCAAAAGCAAUGAGUUCGCUGAGAAGCACAACCUUGGAACACCGCUCGGGAUCGCUUACUUCUAUGUCCGAAGGCAAGCAAGAAGGAAUGCUUAAGGAUGACUCGUUGGUCAUGCUUCAGACCUAUGUUGAGUGAUGCUGUUAUUGUAUAUUGCAUAAUAAAAUAUGAUCAGAA